AUGGAAUCCCCCUUAACCCAACAAAGUAGACCCGAAACCUUCAAGCCUAAGAUCGUGCAACUAUACGAGAAUCUAUUCCAAACCACCGACUAUGCAGAGCCAUCGGAGGGAUUUUGGCGCGAGUUUUUCUUGUUGCCUCCCGAUCGUACUCGGCUUACUGCGGUCUUGAACCAGCUCAGUCCUGACGAGACACUCAACUUGCAGAUCCAAACACAGCAACUCUUUGCUCGCGCAAUUCGCGAAGCGGCCUCCACCUCCAGCCCGGUGGAUUCCUAUGCUCUAGAGACCUUGACGAUCUUCUUAGCAUGUGUCCUGAAGAAAAAGUACACCAACCCCAGCUCAGAUGUCAUUACUGUUCUUGCUGGUCUCGACCAUGUGGACCAUGUUAUCUCCAACUUCGUCACUGUCCUGGAUGGCAUCAUCCGGAACGGCAGCAGCUAUGAUAUCCGUCUCAAGGCCAUAAAAGCCGCCAUCGCCAUGACUAGCGGGGCGUACAAGACAAGUUUGGUCUCUUACUUCACACACCGGGACCUGUUUCCUUCUCUAAUGAAGUUCGUCCAAGAAACGGAGACCCCAAUGCAAAUGUUCGAGCCAUUCGUGCUUUUGGGUUUGCUGGCAAACUACAACAAGUUCGAAUUCCAAAACCCCUACCAGCUGCGACUCGACGAUUUUGUCAACGAGGCCAGUAUCCAGAAGAUUGCCAAGGGGGUCGGUCUCUCCUGUGGUGCUCUGCGAAACGGUUAUGUUGCAGUGCAAGAUGACUCUCCGGAGGGCUGGUCUCUCAUCGGUACCCUGAUCUAUUUCGGAUUAGGUGUACUCGCCCCGGGCAAGAAAGAGAAAGCCGGCACGCCAACCGCAGAAGAAGCCAAAGAUCUGUUCGCAGCACUACCGGCCCAACAAGCAGCGAUCCUCCUCGCCACCUACGACUUCAUCAAUGCCAACAAGCUCUUCGGCUACCACCUCAUCAGCGCGGCUCCCGAGAAGGACAACGAGGAGACACCAUUCGCCUCUUUCCUCUCCCUCACUUCCUACCUCCUACAGCACGCCUAUCGGUCCCCAAGAGUAGCCCACUACGCCGAGCUGAACCUCCUCACCCUGCGUAUCCUCUCCGAAGACAGCACGCUAUGCAAGCAACUCUGCAGCGAAGAAAGCAAGCGCAGAGUGCGCCUCUGCCGUCAAAGACAGCCAUAUCUCCCUCUCGUCAACGGCGAUCGAGUCCUAGUAACCGUCAUCUUCGACAUUCUCAUCGACACCCUAACCCACAAUCUCCGCCGCCGACUCGACGUCAACCUCUACAGCCACUGCAUAUCAAUCUUCCUCCGCCUCCUAACCUACCUCUCCAUGAACAAAAUCCGACUCACCUACCACUGGUCUGAACUCUGGCGCACUCUUCUCUCCCUCACGCGCUUCCUCACCACCUACGCCCCGGACUUAACCAGCAACCCACACACCACAACCCUAACCACCAUCCUCAUCAACCUCAUCGCCUUCUGCGUCUCCUCCGGCGACACCUUCCUCCCGGACCCGCUCUCUUACGACGACCUCUUCUACAAGCUCGUCGAAACCGGCCCCAUCAUCACGCGCUUCCGCGACGUCUACAACUUCAAGGCACCGGCAUCCGCAUCUGCUGGCGCAGACACCAACAAAGAAGUCCACGUAGCCGCCAUCGACACGCUGAUUUCCGUCUCCACACACUUCUACACGCUGUUGUUUGUGGACCCAGAUCAGAAUGCCGAGUCGGCGGGGAAGAGUGGAGAAGCGGUGCCGGUACCGGCGAACCUGAAAAAGAAUCUGAGUCCUCGGGAAGUCCAUCGGAUUAUCAAGCAGGGGUAUGAGACGUUGAGCAUUCAGCCGCCGGAGGGGCUGGGGGCGUGGACGAGGUAUCGUGAGGCGGAUUGGAAAAUGGAGUUGAAGAGGGCGGCGAGGUGUGCGGUCGAUGAUGCGAGGGGGUUGGUUGUUUAG